AUGAUCUACUCUGGCGAGAUAGAGAACGGCCAGAUGCAUGGUCGUGGGUGUCUCCAGUACCCAAACAAUGAAACGUACGAUGGUGAAUGGGUCUUUGGCAAGCGCCACGGUCAUGGAGUGUACGCAUACGUUGAUGGUAGCCGCUACGAUGGUGAAUGGGUCGAGGACAGAGUGCAUGGCAAGGGAACAUGCUACUAUGCCAGCGGAAACAAAUAUUCUGGGGAUUGGGCCUUUGGUCGCAUCAAUGGUCGAGGCAUUCUCGAGUACCACGAUGGGGAUCGCUACGAAGGGGAAUGGAAGGAUGGGCGUAUGCAUGGUAAAGGCACCUACUGUUACUCAAAUGGCGACCGAUACGAUGGCGAAUGGAAGGAUGACAAGCGCCAUGGUAAAGGCGUUGUCGUUUACGCAGCAGCUGACGGUUCUGUUUCCGAAAAAUACGACGGUGAGUGGGUCGAUGGCCGCAUGCAGGGAUGGGGAAAGUACUUUUAUGCUGAUGGUGGUGUUUACGAAGGGGAAUGGAACGAUGGCCGGAUGCAUGGACGAGGAACGUACGUUUUUCCCAAUGGUAACAAGUAUGAGGGUGAAUGGGUGGAGGACCGAAAACACGGAUAUGGGAUUCUCGUGUAUGUCAAUGGGGAGCGAUAUGAAGGGUACUGGCAAUUUGACAGGGCCCAUGGCAAAGGAACCUUGAUGUAUCUCCAAGGAGAUCGUUACGUUGGAGAGUGGUCGAAUGGAAAGAAACAUGGCCGGGGUGUUCUCACUUAUAGUAAUGGUGACAUCUACGACGGGGAGUGGCGCGACGACAAUGCGUCAGGCUAUGGUGUUCUUGAGUACGCAAAUGGCUGCCGGUAUGAAGGUGAGUGGGAGGAAGACCACCGACACGGUCAAGGAGUACUACAACUUCCUGAUGGUUCCAGCUAUGAAGGAGGAUUUUCACACGGUAAAAAAGAUGGAAGUGGCCGAAUUAUCCUCAAGGAUGGAUCAAUGUACAUUGGUACAUGGAAAGAUGGAAAUAUCGUGGGACAAGGCGAGUUCAGACUCUCUGAGAGCUGUGAUCUCAGCAAUCCAGAUUACUGA